AUGUGUACUACUGUCCCCGACGCGGACAACACGAGUACGCCUGGAGAAAACACAUCGGACGAAGUCGAAUCCAAUGAACACGUAUCCAGUGAGGAUGAGUCAGAUUCAUCAACUAUAAAGGCUUCUGAUCAGCAUACUCCCGAAGUAGACUCGUCUGAUGAAGACGUGUUUCGAGAAAAUGCAGCCAAGACGAAUGCAUUUAUCCAAACCAUGAGUACCUUGCUUGCCGUUAGCGAGCGUAUCAGCGAAUUAUCCAUUAACAAAUCCAGAUAUGUCGCCACGCCGCAGGCCAACGGGUUAUUCAACAGGUCGAAGCUCGGCCUUCCGUGGGGGGUUUGCUACGUAGAAAAUUGCUUAAUUACCGAUACGCUGUGCAUGUGCAGCGGUUGCAAAGCUGUUUUCUAUUGCAGCAAGAUCCACCAGGUCGUGAGUUUUCAAAGACACAAGGAGGAGUGCCGCCCUGUGAGAGAUAUGUUGAAGGAACUGGCCGAGGAGGAAUCAAAGCUGCGAGAAUAUCCCGGCGACGACGAGUUACCUGCCAAUCCCUUCGAGACGGCCCCAGGUCUCUUUAAUUUUUCCGAAGCUACGAGUCCAUACCUGGAUGCGAAAUGCAGGGUCAUAAGUGCGCUGUCGAGAAUUGACAACGGCCUAGCGGUCGAGCACAUGCUAUUUCAUUGCCUCGAAAUGCUGAAGCUAGAGGCUACGGAUGAGCGAUGGUGCUUGGCUGUUAAUUGGGAGGGAUAUAGAUGUGAUAACAUUGACCCUGAAUCCUUGGGAUCCCACGAGAAAGAUGUAUUCGAGGAUCCCAACAUGUUGAUCAACUCUGCGGCCCUUCUAUCCCACCUCGUCUGCGUGACGCAGGUAAAGAUUCGACUGCUUCUAGACCUCCGCAUGUUACAACGCGAGGCCAAGAAAUACGGCCCUCAAAGUGCCAGCUACGAGACGAAGAUGCAGUGGGUUCGCGAACAUGCCAUCAGCGAAAUACUCUACAAAAGACCGGACAUCGUCAAACUAAACAGUUGGAAAGCUCUUAUCACCAGCAUAAAUGAUCAGGUCAAGCGGUUAUACAAAUACGUGGAGAGCCGCAAUAAAUAUUGCUGGCCCGCCCUGGCGCACCCGGAACAAUAUCUUCAGAAGAUGAUUUUUCCCGAGGAUCAUUAUGAGCGGGGGUCGGAGGACGAAAUGGGUCCCGUACUUCUAAUGACGUGGAAAUCGUGGGCGGAGUGCCGUCCUGCCCUCACGGCUAUCCGGAUAUAUGCUACUUCCGACCUGGGCCAUUAA